AUGCGCGGCUUCCGCUCAAAUCCGCAUUCAGCGGUGACAAUGGCUUGCGGCGCACUUUUGAACUCCAUGCGCUUGCGACUCACACAGAAGGAGGACGAUAUGCUGUGGGAAAAUAUGCGGGUUAUAUUGCGUCGUCACGGUGCACUCCCCUUACCGCGCGUCUCCGCUUUACUAAGUGAUGAAAUGUUGGAACUUGUAUCAAAUAACACAGGUGGACUCGGCCAGUAUGUGAAGGAGCGGCCAUCGAAGUUUCAGGUUGAGGUCGCCUCGUCCGGCUUAACUGUUGUAAUGCUCGCCAGCGAGCUGCGACGCGCCGGAAGUAGCACUCCAUUAAUUGCAAAAGUUUUGGCAAAUGUUGCCGCCUCACCCCAACAGCAACUAUCUGUUUCACAAUUGUACCGUUCUUUACCAGCGCUUGAGCAACGGAAGUGUGGUAAUGAGCGCCUACUGGAGGCCUUCCUUUUGCAGCACGCAUCACUUGUGCUGGUACAGAAUGGCAUAGUAAAGGCAUCACCAACAUCUUUUGUGACCCGUAUGGGGUUGAACCCGAUACCACCAACAUCGACAUCCAACCCACUGGCAGCGUCAGCUCCUGCCUUUUCUACUGCUGGUCAUGCAACCAGACAAGCAGAAUCCAUUCAUGAGUCGACGUUAACUAUUAGCGCUUUUGAUGAUCCGAAGCUUAAUCGAAUCUUGUUACUUCUUCAAAAAACUGUUCCAUUUUCAUUUUAUAUUCCGCUUCGGAGUGUGAUGCAAUCGCCUCGUUCUGGUAUGUGCUUCUCUCCGGAUGCCACCUUGAAGGAGAUAUUGGAGGAACUGCAGCGUGUACCUGCCACUAUCCUCGAUUGUCGUGUGACCGGAGACGAUAUAAAUGAUGUGUUUCUCCGCAUGAUGGAUGCCGACCGUCGUCCCUACGUUGGCAGCGAGGCUUUAUCUGCUCAGGGGUUUGAGGUGCUUAACCUUGGCCAACCGCUAAUCGAAGCAUUCCGUAACUUUGCAUCGGCAAGUCCCGAGAACCUGCAGCGCCUGCGGUCAGGCAUAGCUAUGACGGAGUUGGAUGAUGUGCUGCCGUCAGACCUUAUGGAGCGGCUUCACAUUUAUCCGGCAACUCACAAGGAUGCCGCGUGCAUUUUUGUCUUUGAUCGACUUCGUCACCUUUUCGACGUAAACAUGACAGCAUAUAUGGUUAGGCCGUGGGAAGUGAUGGAACGGCAUGAACAACCUUCUAGUUUGACGUGGCAGACUACUCCGAUACCAGUGGUCCUGCGCCAAUGUCUCCAGCUGCUUGGGGAGAAACCCCUUUCGGUUGAGGAACUUGUCGCCUCGCUUUCAACAAGCAGUCGAGGGCAACUGCAAUGUGCGUAUGCCUCCGUCGAAGCCUUUGUAAAGCAGCACUCGUUAUACUUACUGUUGAAGGAGGGCUUCGUGUGGACGCCUUUUCUCGCGGCUGCGUCUCAUGGCGUAAGAAUCCCCGCGUCUUCUGCGGGUGCUCGGAGUGUCUGCGGGCCUGGAAGGCAACUGAGCGAAAAGGAGAAGGCGAGGAUGUUGAUGCAAGUUAUGCCAAUUGAGCAUCCGGUGUUAUGGACUCGGUUCCGCCACUCACCCGCUGCUCGAGAGCUUCCGUUUGAUGUGUGGGAGUGUAAACAGGAGUUCUUUGAGCGUCACCGUGAGUUCUUCAAAAUAUAUGAAGUGAUCUUCAGUACGGUCCUUGUCGUUGGUCGUAGGGAUGGCCAGCCUCCACCUGCAGAAUUACUUCAUUCACCGUGUCGUACGCUUGCAGAUCUUGUGCGGCUGAUUGCAAUGUUCACUGUGGGUGGGGCUCAGGAAGCUACCGUACUGAAUUACCUUCCACGCGAUGCACGACAGUUAGUUCGUCGGUACGGCUCCAUUGUGCUCAUAGCUCGACAGCUUCCCAUGUGGUUUGACGUGCGAGGUGAUGAGUCGGGGAGUGGUACGGGGAGCGCAAUUAUUUCAUACAUCGGUGCAGACGGUGGGUCGAGGGAACAGUAG